AUGCAAUUCUUGAAUCCAAAGAAACAAGCAACUGUCAUUGGAGCCGGAAUUUCAGGGCUGACUACUGCUGUUCUUCUUCAAGAAGAGUAUAACGUAACAAUCGUAUCCAGAGACUUUCCGGGCGAAUUAAAAGAUGGAUAUACAAGUCCAUGGGCUGGCGCAAAUUGGAGAAGUCAAGCAGUGUUAGAUGACAUUCGGCAACAAGGUUUUGAUAAGGAAACUUUUAUUCACUUUUGGAAUUUAGCCCAUACCAGAUCAUCCGAAACUGGAAUAAUGAUUGUAGACGGGUUUGACUAUUGGGAUGAAUAUUUCCCAUUGGAAUGGAAUGAUCCAUGGCACUUAACGACAAAUGAACUGCCAACUGGUGUUGAAUUUGGUAUUAAAUAUAAGACUGUUACAAUUAAUCCACCUAAAUAUCUUUCCUAUCUUUUGAAUCGUUUCUAUACAAUGGGCGGAACUACUAAACGUAUUACUUUGUCUCAUAUUCAAGAAGCAAUUUUUGAUUACACUGACAUUGUAAUAAAUUGUUCCGGACUUGGUUCGAAGACCUUAGGGGGUGUUCAAGAUCAAGACGUUUAUCCAGCGAGUGGGCAAACAGUAUUGGUACAAUUGCCUAUUGGACAUGUUAAUUGGACAUUUAUACGUUAUGGAGCCAAUAGCAUAAACAGAAAGGGUGAAACAUUCAAUUAUGUAAUACCACGGGAUAAUGGCGAAGUGAUACUUGGUGGAACUUAUGAUUUACAUAACUAUUCGACAAUUUCCGAUGCAAAGGUUGCUGAUGCGAUUAUCACACGAUGCCUUUCUACACGUCCAGAUCUAUUACCUAAAGGCGAGACCGAGCUUAAAAUUAAAAGACAUGGUGUUUGUUUGCGACCUGUUCGUAAAAAUGGAAUCAGAAUCGAGACAGAGUGGAUAUUAUCUGAAAAAACAGGAAAAAAAAUUUUACUCUGUCAUAAUUAUGGCCAUGGAGGAUACGGAUGGCAAUCAAGUUAUGGUGCAUCAAUGCAUGUAAUUCAAACUUUGAAACAAAGUCUUAGAGAAGGUCAAGGGCAGAAUAGGAAUAUAA